AGCCACUUUGGGGAUGCGCUGCUUUCCGGCCGCCGUAGACGCCAUCUUGUCGCCUCUCCGCGCCAGCUCCGCCCCACAACCUCUGACCUCACGUAGCGCCGGCGCGCGUUGUUGCCAGAGUAACGGCGGUGCGUCCCCGGUAGCGGUGGAGCGGAGUGAGGUGGGGGAAAGCUCGGCGCCGUCUGUCGCGGCUCUGGGUAGCGGGGCGGUGAGUGCCCGGUGCGGCCGGCGGCUCUCAGCGCCCUCGCACUCCUCCGGCCGCCGCGCUUUCCGCUUCGUCCGUGAAUCGCGCCCCCUUGCGGCGUGGAGGUCGGGGCGCGAGCAGCUUUGGGCAGGAGAUGUGGCACUGAGGGACACAGUUAGGGUUCCUGAGAUGACGACGAUAACCUCUUUGAGAGGACAUACAGAAGUGGUCCACACCAGAAGGACAGAGGCACAUGAUGUUUCUGCUUUUGUUGGCCUCUUUACCCAUUUUACAGAAGACAUUUUUGGAAGGAUUGAUGUAGCAUAUCUUUUAGAAAAAUCGACUUUUGCUCUGACACUCUGCAAUGAGAAAGAUGAGGCUAUAGCCCACGCCAUCUUUCUCGACUAUCCAAAUUGGAAUAUCACUGAUCAGUCCGACUGGGAAUCAUUCUUAAAUAAAAACUAUGUUAACAACAAAUGCACUCCUUUGAACACACUGUUCAUGCAUCUUUUUGUGGCAAAAGAGGAAUAUGCAGCUGGAUGUUCCCAAGAAAUCGUCAGGAGAGCUUUUAUUGCAAUACCAGAACUGCAGUUUAUACUUCUCUUCAUACCAGCUGAUGAGAAUUUAGAGCCAGGUUUGGACAGUGUCUUUGAAAAGAUGACAACUGCUCCAGGUUCAACCGUGGCUAAAACCUUCACUUUGCUUGUAUGUCCCAGACAUCCGUAUCACCCCCAGCUGCAUGUUCGCAAAGCAAGGUUGGAAGAUUAUGAUGAUCUCAUGCCAAUCUGGACGCGUCAGAGUGAGAUUCUGAAAGAAACCUAUAGUGAAUAUUUCCUUGCUGAUAUCAUAGCACGUCAAGAUGAAGAAAAUCAAGCUGUUGUUUGUGAGGAUGGUGGCACUGCAGUGGGAUUCAUGAGCUUAUGCUCUCAGGUAGACGUUUCCUUGUUUCAUGAGUCUUUUGACCUACGGCUUUUCCAUGGACUCUGUAAACCACAUCCUGAAGAUAUUCUCAGAGUACCGAAGGAGCCAAGCAUUCCAGAAGAUGAAGAUAAAAGCAAUCAAAAAAGUCAGGAAGCAGAAACCGUUUCAUCUCAAAACUUGGAUGACAUUAGUGAUGAAGAUGCAGCUGUGCAGAAAGAUGGAGUGAUCACUAUUUCCCAUACUAAACUGCCAUUAGAUGAUGUCAUACACGCAGAUUUUCAUGCCUCAGCAACAUCCCUCCUUGAGGUUGAAGAAAAAGAUACUUUUCAUCCAGUUUAUAGAGGAGCUUCAAAUGCUUUCUGUAUUCGUCUAUUUUGUAUCAAUGAGAAGUAUGAAACUAGAUCACUGGACUUUUUGCAUUAUGUUUUCAAACUUUUUCCAGACAAAGACUUCUGUAUCACCCUUGUGCCACAUUGUGUACCAGAAUUCUACCUGAUCCAGAGUUUUGUUCGAGUUGCCCCUUCCUGUACUUCCCAGCUUGGUCAUGAGCUUUACUUGUUCCACUGUGCAGGAUUGCUCAAGUCUUUUAAUGUAAGAAGAGCAACAACCAAUGAUAUACUUGGAGUCAAAACGCUCAUUAAAACACUUAGCUUGAAUGAAAGUAUAUUGAAUGACUUAAAUACAUUUAUUUUGGCUCGCAGGGAUCCAGAUGGGACCCCAGUACAGGCGUUUGUAGCAGAAGUUUUGGAUCAAAUAGUUGGCAUUUCUGUCGUUAGAGAUGAAAUGAUUCUUAUUUUCCAGGAUACUGUGUAUAUUCAGACACAUUACAACAUUGAAGACUUCAUUCAUUUUAAUGACUAUCAGCAAGAGGAACAUGGAGAGCUUUACCACUUUGUCUUAAAUCCAAUAUUCCGUCACUAUACCAAACACUUUCUGAAGGAGAUUCUUCGCUUGGCCCACAAAUCUUCUCUUUACUACCCUAUUUAUCCACAGUACGUGGAGGGCAAGUUUCAGAAUCCCUUUGCCCAUUCCCUGACAUCUGCCCUUCAUUACAUGGUUCCCGUGCGACCAAGACGACAGAUUGUCUAUCCUCUGGAAGAGCUUGGCAUAAACGCUCCAUCAGAGCAGGUCUCCAAGGAUCAGCCAAGGUAUGCUUUGAACCACAUAAAUCGAAAGCUGAUCAUGGAAUCUAAAGUGUCUGUCAACAGUAGAAUUGUGGUGGUUGGUGCAUCUGAUGUUGGAAUCUCAUUUCUGGAAACGCUUGUUUUUUGUCCGCACCUGAAAUUCAACAAUCUGACCUUGAUUUCAACUCAUGGCCUUCCAGGAAAAGACCUACCAGGCUCCAAACAUAGAAGAUUUUUAAUUAACAGCCACUGUUUUAAUGAUGAAGAUUAUGCACAGAUGUCACUUUGUUCCUGGGUUAACGUUGUAGUUGGUAAAAUGACUGGCAUAAAUCGCUCUGCCAAAUACGUAGUUGUUUCCAAUGAGAGAAAAGUACCGUAUGACUACCUCAUUCUCUGCACAGGACAGAACUAUCAGGUCCCAUCUCCCACUGGAGCAGAUACCAGUAAACUCCCAACUAAUAGAGAAGCCAUUAGUAAAUGGCCACAAAGAUAUACAGGGAAAAUCCCUUCCAAUCAUUUUAUUCUCAACGAUGAUCAGGACUGCUUAAAGGCAAUGGACUGGCUGAAGGAAAAUUUUAUCAGUUCAAAAGGGAACGUCAUUGUCUAUGGGAAUACAAUUGACAUUUACACCACGGUUGAAACCUUCUUAUCUCUCGGAAUCGAUGGUUCUCGCAUCCAUCUCGUGCAGCCUCCACUCAGCUCAAAUGUUACUUGCCUUAACAACAACGAAAUCGAAAGUGCUGUUCAGGAGGCACUGUCGGAGGCUGGUGUGUCUGUUUAUUAUGACAGUAUCCUGGCACAGUGGGGCAAAGGCGACGACCCAGACCUCAUCACAUGCGCUGCUUUCACUACUAAUACAAAACCAUUCCAAUUGCAGUGCUCAGCAUUUUUCAGCUUUGCCUGCAAGAGAGUGGAUUAUGAAACCUUUAAGGCAAUUAAUGAUGCUUGCCUUGUUUUUGAUGGAAAGCUUGUGAUUGAUACCGAAUUCCACACUAAUGAUGUCAGUAUCAGGGCUGCAGGUCCUUUAACAAAGUACUCCAGGAAAUAUUAUGCAGAUGAAUGGACACACAGCAACUUCAAUUCAAAGGAGAUUGGCUUUGAACUUGCUGCAUCUAUGUUGAGUCUCUUUGAUCCAACCUCUCAGCCCUUAACAAAGCCACCAGAAGGCAUGGAUAACCUCAUCCCCAUGUAUAAGGGGUGUAAAAUUCAAGGAGGUGUUCUUCCCAGAGGUUAUAAUUACUUGCAUAUUUCCAAACCAGAAGUCCCCGUCAGCUUGGACUUAGUACUUGCACUGUCUGAUCAUGGAACAGAGUUCAUAACUGGAAAAGCAAGAGAUGGGAAUUAUUUCAGAAUGCACAUCAACAAAUACAGUAUGGUAGAUAGCAUCACUUGCUUUUCAAAGGAGCCCUUUCCUGUUUCCAACUAUAUUUGCUUGUAUGGACAGCAUGAGCGUCUUCUUAAUGAUCUUUAUUAUCGCUGGAAUGAAGGGCAGAUUACAGACCUUUACAGCUACUUCAGGGAACCUUGGUCCAUGGCCAUCUAUCACGAUCGCUUCAUCGAUCUCAAGAAGGAACUGCGCCAGAUCCUGCUGCCAGAGCAGGUGCCCCCGGAGCGGCAGACCGAGGACAGCCCCUUGCCGCCGCUGCCCGCAGGCCCGGCCGUGCGCUACCUGCUCCGGCACGGCGCACAGCUGCCCAUGUACGCCCGCGGCCACCCGAAAAAAGAAAAAUCAGAGCACUUAGAAAUGGGACGCGGUGGCUCUGGUGUUCGGCCUCAACGGCAGGAAGCGAUGGUGUGCCAGUUGCUCACGUCGCCACGGAUGGAAAAAAAGAGAAACAACAGUAGUGCUGGCUCUCAUGCUAGCGGAGAAUGGCAGAUAGGUGAUAAAUCUUCUUACAAACUUCCCGUGGAAGCCCGAAGAAAGAGAAUCAAUACAUGCCGUUUCAGAGCGUGCACCUGCUGACAGCGUUAUUUGUUUAGCGGUGCUCCCUUUUCUCCCCUAAGCCCAGGAGAACGCAUUCCUGAUAGCGCAAGCAUUAGCCCGCCUGCGUUCGGGGCUGCCUCCCUAUUAUGGGCUGAACUCCUGAUGACUCUUGUUAAUGAAUAGGCUGCCAAACUUCCUCGGAGAGGAGGCACACGCCUGGGCCCUAUUCUAAAGGGACUGACGGAUGCCAUUCACUUCUCAUUACGAAGAUGCUUAUUCCGCGGCGCGCUCGGCUGUUGCCAGGGCCGUGCGGCGCACGCUCGGGCUGUCAGCGGGACGCGCGGGCGGCACGGCCGUCUGGCCAGCAGCCCCUCCGCCGCGGAGCUGGCACAUGCGGGCGCAGCGGGGAGGGAGCGAGGCGUGACAAAUCGCUGAAAGGCUCCGGCCAAACCGACGGCUGCCGGCCACCUGAGCCCGCCGCCCCGCCGUCCGCGCUGCCCAGCCCGCCGUGCGCCCUGCGGCCUGCUCACGGGCCCUGCUUCCAGCCGGGCAGGGAGGCCGGCAAGGCUCUUCGCGCUGCGCCUAAUGACGUCCCGCCACCUAAUGAAAGGCCUCGCGCAUCCUGCACAUAACUGACAAUGCGCCGAACGACUGCUGACACACCGCGUGUUCGUACCGGUUUCCCUGAAUAUUGUGCAGAAAAACAGUGAUGAGGUUUCAACGGGGCUAAGGGCGCAUCUCUUAGAGCCCUUAUUUACGAAAACAAAGACUGUGGCAAAAAGCACUCAGCCAAACAGAUGGGCAACCACAAGAAAAGCACUCGAACUCACCAGAGGAAGCUGGGCUACACCAGCACCCAGGGUCACACAGACUCUGUGCAGGCCCCAGAGGCCGACAGGAAAGCUCACGCUCAGUGCCACCACCCCUGCCAACAGCCAAAGGCUCAAGGCAGGCUUGGCAAGGAUCAGCGCAGCACAGGCCUGCCACCCUUCCCCACCAUCCCUCUCGGCUCGGUGUCCUCCAGGUGUCCUGGCCAGGACAGCAGCCGGCUCAAGUUUUACCUGGUUUUAGGAGUUUUCAUUAGGGACAUCAUAAAUGAGCUUUAAAAGGAAAACUGCUACUUCGUUGUUCCGGUGUCAUUACGUUCGUUGGCUGUCAGAUACUCUGGAGCUCCAAAGAAUGUAUUUUGGGCAUCCAAGAGAACACAGAACAUCCAAAGAAUGCCAGUACAAGGUGGAUGAGGGGAAGAAGGCUCGGACAUCAGCAAUUUGAGGCUGUUUGUACCACAGCAGUCUGAAACAGUCUCUAAAACUGCAGUCUCAAGAAGCUUCCUCUUCAUCACCAUGAAAGCAUGACUCCCUCACAGUAAUUGCUAGCACAGUGCUGUUAAGAUUGCAGCCACUGUACUUCUGCUGCACCUUCAUCCUGAAGGACCAGAGAUCUGAUUUUACUUUAGAAGAUUAAGCCAGAUCUGUUUAACAUGAAAUUUGUGGCACCGCUCUGUGGUGAGCAGGUGACGUAAAGCUGCCCCACAGCAUGAAGCCCAGCCAUAUUAUUCAGAUGAAGCCAAUACUUGCCCAGUGCCGUAUAAACUACUAUUUUCUCAAAAAUGUUUUGCAUGUAUCAGCAACCCAGCCUUCACAGCUCAUUGCUAUGCCAUGAGUCGAGCGGGGCCAAGAGAAAGCCUGAAGUCCUGGCUGGCAGUGCUGCAAGAGCCUCAAGGCUAGACUGCUGAAGUGAAGCAUGCAAAUCAUUUCUGGGGAUGGCCUGGCUGCAGAGAUGGGUUAUGAUCUUGAACCCUACACCGCUGAAGAAGCUGGACAGCUGGCUUCCCUGAUUAACUAAGCCCCCAUUUAUCUGAAGGUUUUGGGUGUCCCUUGAGAUCUCCAGAUAAAUGGGGUUAUACCAGACAUUCAGAGAAGCUGAUCAAAAGCAGCCUCUUUUAAUAUGUAUGGCAAUUUGACCCACCUCUUACACGGUCGCAUUAUUUUACAUUUUACUUCUCCCACAACAAACUCCAGAGCAAAAUGCUUUCAAUAGGCACAAACACGUAUAUAUAUUUAUAUUAACGCUCUGAAUGACACAGAGAGCCACAAGAAGGCAUGCAUUGGCCAUUAAUAUAUCUGAAUGUGUGACAGCAGGGAUUUAGCUCCAAUCAGAAUAUGGCAAAUCUCAGUAUUUGUCUAUUAUGAGUUUUUAUAAAUAUUUUAUCACUUGAUCAGUUAUUUUAACCAUUCAGCCAUACAAUGCGUGACACAAAAACCUUUGAAGUCUUUGUUGUCUAUGUUCUGUAGAUGAACUGAGCCAACAUAAGGUCCAGAUCUGCCCAACGUUAUAUCAUAAAGGUGCGUUUAGAAACAAGGAAUGCAGAAAAUAAGUAUUCAAACAGAUCCUGAAAAUGCAAAACCUGUAUAUUAACCUAAACUCUGUGCUGAUCUCAAGGAAAAAUAUCAGGUACUGAUCACUCUUGACAGCAGUGGCCAGCAAUUCCUCCUCCACACUAUUUUUGGAAAAUAAAACUAUUUUGGUAACGUUUUCAUAUUCUCGCUGAUCUAUGGGAACAACCACGUAUUUUGUUGACAUAGCACUCUCUUCAUGCAAACAAAAGCCAAAAUGCUUAGUGGGUUAUGAACAGGCAAAGUGAGAACUGCCGGGCGACCCUCCACAGCUUGUCAUUUUGUGGUGUGCCAACGCCAAGGGGCUCCCAUCCUGCACCAGGACCCAACGGCUGGGCUCCACGAAGAGCACAUGCUGACACGACUGUUCCUCUGGCUCCAGAGGGAUUGUUAAUGCCGACUAUUGGCAUGAACUGAUUGCAAUUCCCAUCUGUGAUGCAAAUCCUACCCCGAGAAGGGCUUUCAGGGCAUCUGGCCAGUGGAGAAGCUGGAAGUUUAGAAGCAGACAGCUCUUUCCAACCCAUCAAGGCUGUCUACCUGACCACACAUCAAUCCCUACUUCCAACCACACAGGGAGACUUGAAGAAAAGAGAAAUUCUUGGCAUGUCUUGUUAAACGCAAGAACGGCAUUUAUCAAAUCUCCCCAGGGGCUUCCAGCUUCAUGGGUGCUCAUGCAGGUGACUACACAGGCACUGUGCAGGCCUGUGUUUUUUCGGAAAAAAAACAUUUUGCAAACAGCAGUUUUCUAAGGCUAGGGAAAGUGCUGGAGCGAGCUUCUGUUUUACUGUCUGCUCUUUUAGGAGUUCAGUACCAAAGAACUAUGGGUAAGCAGUUUCUCACCGUUACAUUUAUUUCGAUAGCCUCUUAAUUUGUAUCAUGAGAACCAAAUAUGGUUUCACAAAAAGGUUUUUUUCCUGCCACAAUGAUAGCGGUUUGAAAAACAAGCACCACUAUAAAUGUUUGGGACUUACCAAAGCAGAAUAGAACAGGGACCAUAAAAUCGAAGCUAACAAAUGUGGUGGUAAGAUGACCUUUAUAUGCCUAAUUGUCCUCCUCACAGCUCUGAAUACUACAGAGCUACUGUGCUUUUAAAGUGUUGUGAUAGGUAAUUGCAGUGUGAAACUCAAUACGCUUACGGUCCCUUACGGUCUGCUGGCUGUCACCACUGCAUAAAUUUAACUGAAAACUUUUGGGGGAUUUUUAGUAACAUAUAUCCUUCAUUGAACAGGUGCAAUUAAACUAUACCUGUCAGCAACUGUAGAUUUACUUUAUUAUUUUAAAAACCAAAGUAUCUGAGAUUAAAGCUAAUGAGAGAACGAUGCGUUUUUUAAAACUGCUAGUAUGGAAGACCAUCAACAGAGGCUGCCUCUACAGAACAGUCCAACUCGAAGCAACGGCUGCAGGUGGGUUGACCCCGUGCCCCAUGCCAGGCCAGAGGAUGGGGCAGUUACAAAGGACUGACGGAGAUGGGGCUUCCGCCACAGUACAUAACAACAAAUAAACUAUAGCUGCUCAGUUACACGGCAGACUUCCACAGCACUUCCAAAAUGCGCUGACACAUUUGUGAUGAUCCCUGCCUUCCAAAGGAAGGUGAAACAGAACAACACCAAAGCUAUGUUUCACACUGCUUGACACCAGCUCCUAGGAAAUUAAGUCACACCGCAGCAAACGCCAAUGGCAGAGCGCACAGGCUCCCGCUCUCGGCAGGCAGUGUGCUGCUCAAGUUGUGCUGUGAGCUACCGGCCUGGGCUGUCAGUGAUCUGCGGCACAUUAGUCAUGGCAAGUGCUGCAGGGGAGACUUUUGCAUUUAUUAUGAAUAAGGCGGAAAACAAGCUUUCAUCUUAAUUUACUACUACUCUUCCUCACAGUAAGCCCCUGGGAGCAGAUACAUCUUGCCAUUACAGACCAAUCAUGUAAUGGUAGGAGUGAAUAAGCAAUGGGUUGCUUUCCCAAUAUGAUACAGUUCUAUACUUAAACACACGCUUAUCCGUAUCUUAAGCUUCACUUAUGCUAAUGAAGAGUUCUUGUAAUGAUCUCCUAUCAGGUAUUCUGUUUGUACAGAUACCUGCUCUAUUGAAAGUAAUGUUAGAAAUGCAUACUGUCUCCUUUAACAGCUUCGCUUUAAUUCAGAUCAUUCUUAAGACAGAAGAAAGGCAGCCCUGCAGCGAUGCACAAAACAGUGGCCAACUACCAAACACACAUGGUGAGUUUUGUAUUGUACAGCCAGCACUCUGCAUAGACAAAGUCCACUUAGCAGCUGUGCUCCGGGCUCCACCGUACCAGUAAGACUGAUUACAAUAUUUCAAUUGAUUACAAUGAUGCCAUAACUGCCUGUAGCAGUUACUGCAGCAGAAGGCCUAACUGCAGAGCACACAAAGAUUUAACCACUAAGGUGCUCUCUCUGAAAAACACCUAUCCUGCAAGGACUGAGAUGACUUCCAUCAUGCAAGUUUAUGGCCAGCUCAUCAGUGAGGCAUGAUUCCUCAAUACGUUUUCUCUGGGAGCAUCCAUAUAGUUCCCAAUCCUAUUCUGAGAGAUACCCUGGAAGACUGAAAGCUACCUUCCCAGUGCCUCCAAGCAGCGAGAUGCAAAGGUUCUCCCUCCUGAGGGCUCUGGGGUGAGUUACCAACCAGCCACUUCCUCUGGCACGGUACUUACUGGGGAAAUAAGCUGGAGAUUGCAAUAUUAAAGGUGCAAGAGGCCCAGAGAGCACAAGAGAUCUGCUCAGGAGAUGAACCUCCAGAGGAAUCUCACAGGGAACAGAACCCGGCCAUUUGGUCAGCUUUGCCAUUUAGCAAAGGCAAGGCCUUUCCAGCUUUGUUGUACAGAUCUAGAAGGAAAGCUGCCCAGUGGCUGCAGAGGACAAAUCCCUAGCUUGGAUUUGUACAGAGAUCAUUAUAACACAGUGGCUGUCCCACUUUAUCAGUGUAUGUACAGCUGCCGAUGCUCGUGUCCUGCAAUUAUCUGGCUUGUUCCACAAACUGGGUGAUCAUCAAGGGAUAAAUAACUGCAGGAAAGGUCACAUGUUACUGAGCAAUGCUUCCCCUCUGCUUUGUCGCAGUCUUAAUUUUAUUCAAACACUAACAAAAUGCACCUAUUUCAGUAACUCCGCUAAUGAGCUGUUACUUUUGGGUAUCAUAGAAAAAGAGCAAAGGUACAAAGGUUCAAUUAUCUGCCAUUUCCUUAUGCCUUCCAGUUCCUUCAAAUUGGCUGCCUGAACACACACAAGCAAUACACUAUCUUUGCUUUACUGUUGUUGAGUGCAUACCAGCAAUACCAUCCCCUCUUGUUGUCAUUAGCAUCUGUGUUCUAGCAGACACACGUUACAGGGACAGGGAGACGUUUUUGGCAAGCAUGAGUAUUCUUCCACUCAGACGGCGUUACAGUCAUUUCUGAUGGGGAAGAACAGCCGCAGGGGUCUCAGAAGAGUUGAGAGCUGCCCAGGCUGCCCUGUGGGAGGGAUGGCAAACCUCCUGCCAGCUUUUAUCAGGCAAAUCGGGAGAACUUCUGCAAACCUCCAGCCCGUAAUGACAGCAAUAAAGACUGGCCAACAUAACAGCAGAUGCGAGCCUACGAACCGAUGUCCUUCCAAACACGUAACCAUUUCAGAGGUAUCAUUCAAGUGGCUGCAGAAAUGACGGCUCCUGAAGCCUGACACUGUGCUGUACGAAAAGCCCUCACAAAACUCCACGGAGAAAGGAUCGGCUCUGUUUGCACUGACCGGAUGGCAUUUGCAAUGCUCCUUCUUCAGAGGGAAAAAGGAAUGACUGGGCUCCUAGACACUUCAGAGACUGUUCAGAGACCGCAGUGUUGUUUUGGAGCUACAAAAACGAAAGCCACACAACACUGCUAGCAGAGUUUAUGUGCAUCGUGCUGCUGCCGGCUGCUUAAUGCGGGUGCUUUCUCAGAGCCUGCACUGUGUGUGUCAGGUUAAGCAGAAAAUUGCUAACUCACUCCUUUCUGCAGCAUGUGUGGACCAAAUAUUUAAUUAAAGUCAAACCUGGUGUGCGCUAUCGCAUAAUAUAGCUUACCCGAAUGUGCAACAUAAAGACAUUGUCCACCCGUGCUUGUGAUUAAUUCACCACUUACAGAUGGCCAAGCCAUGUGGGCAUUAUUCAGCCUGUUCCAAGUGCGAGACCCUCGCUGUUUGCCUGGGUGACCUAAUGGAAACAGAGGGGCCAGGAUGUGCUAAGUGAGAAACAAAUACGCUGUGUCCACACAAAUAAACUCAAUAUGCCCAGGAAUGCUCUGGCUUUCCACCUAUCUAUCUCAGCACAGAGCACCUUGCAUCUGUGCUACUAAAAUUUCCUGCUUUCCAAAGCAGGAUAGCCACAUCCAGGUAUUUUAAGAAGAGAGAGAAAACCUUGCAGGCUGGGAGAUUAUUGUAAUUUUACAGAGGACAGAAGUAUGGAGAGACUGAGCAUGUAUUUUGAAGUUACACAGGAUGAUUCUGUGGUUAAGAAACUAGAGAACAGCACAUUUCUUGCCCCUUUCUCAGUAAGAAAUGCUUGGAAAAUUAAAAAAAAAUGUAACCGGUGUAUUUUUAAAACAUUUCUACUAACUAAAGUAUUUUAGAAACCAAAAAA